AUUUUGGGAUGGGAAAUUCUUAAGACGAGGGAUCCUGUGUUGAAAAGCGUGCAGAAAUGAUUUUACACGCCGGAGAGUUCUUAGACUACACGCCAGUACCCAGUGAUUCAACAGGUGUGCGGACUCCGCGUGGUGGACAGGUGUAAACACACGUGGGUAACCAGAAUAGCCACGUCAACUUGUGGUAAGUUUACCUGGGGCUCUCUCAGUGUCAACACUGUGCUCUCAGUGUCAACACUGUCAAACACUGUGCUCUCAGCGUCAACACUGAUUGUACUCUCAGCGUCAACAAUGAGCGCGUUCUCAGCGUCAACACUGAUCAUGCUCUCAGUGUCACCACUGGGAGUUAAAACCUAAUCAUGUGCGACGAUGACGCUACAGCUCUGGUCUGCGACAAUGGCUCCGGCAUGGUCAAGGCCGGCUUCGCUGGUGACGACGCUCCCCGCGCCGUCUUUCCUUCCAUCGUCGGCCGUCCUCGUCACCAGGGUGUGAUGGUCGGUAUGGGACAGAAGGACGCCUACGUAGGUGAUGAGGCCCAGAGCAAGAGAGGUAUCCUGACUCUCAAGUACCCCAUCGAACACGGCAUCAUUACCAACUGGGACGACAUGGAGAAAAUCUGGCAUCAUACAUUCUACAACGAGCUGCGUGUUGCCCCUGAAGAGUCCCCUGUCCUCCUCACUGAGGCUCCCCUCAACCCUAAGGCCAACCGUGAGAAGAUGACACAGAUCAUGUUUGAGACUUUUAGUGCUCCAGCCAUGUACGUGGCUAUCCAGGCCGUGUUGUCCCUGUACGCCUCUGGUCGUACCACAGGUAUCGUGUUGGACUCUGGUGAUGGUGUUACUCACACUGUUCCCAUCUACGAAGGUUAUGCUCUUCCACACGCUAUCAUGCGUCUCGAUCUAGCUGGCCGAGACUUGAGUGACUACCUCAUGAAGAUCAUGACUGAGCGUGGCUACUCCUUCACCACCACAGCUGAGCGUGAGAUUGUCCGUGACGUCAAGGAGAAGCUUUGCUAUGUUGCCCUUGAUUUCGAGAAUGAAAUGGCUCAGGCAGCUGCAUCUACUUCCCUGGACAAGUCCUACGAGCUUCCCGAUGGUCAGGUCAUCACCAUUGGUAAUGAGCGUUUCCGUGCUCCUGAAGCUCUCUUCCAGCCUUCCUUCCUGGGUAUGGAAUCUGCUGGUGUACACGAGACCGUCCACAACUCCAUCAUGAGGUGCGACAUUGACAUCAGGAAGGAUCUGUUCGCCAACAUUGUCAUGUCUGGUGGUACCACCAUGUACCCUGGUAUUGCUGACCGCAUGCAGAAGGAAAUCACUAACUUGGCUCCCUCCACCAUCAAGAUCAAGAUCAUUGCUCCUCCCGAGCGUAAGUACUCCGUCUGGAUCGGUGGUUCCAUCCUGGCCUCACUGUCCACCUUCCAGUCCAUGUGGAUCACCAAGGAGGAGUAUGACGAGUCCGGCCCCGGCAUCGUCCACCGCAAGUGCUCUUGAUCUCUCGUGUAAUAUCUGUUGACCUUUACUAUUUAUCACUGCAAAUAAACUUUCCUUAUAUUUGUCCUUUCCUUAGUUUAAAUUUUCAUCUGAUAUAAUACAAUGCAUACACAAUAAGAGCCGUGUGUCUCUCGUAGUAUCAGAACAUAAUGGAAGAACACUGUGGCAAUCCUACUGACACUAAGCAGAUAUUUCUCAAAUCCAACAUUUCCCAUCCACACAUUUACCCAACCUAUCCCCAAAGCUUACCAAGAAGUUAGCUUCAAUACCUCAGGUACCAAUCAAACCUAACC